AUGGAGGACGGCAGGGGCAUGUACGUCCCGGCCCUCGAGGCGCUGAACGAGGUCGCCUUCGCCCCUGAGAUGCUGCCCCACCGGAUCGAGAAAGAGCGCAAGGCGGUGCUGGCAGAGAUGCAGCAGGUUAACGACAUGGAGUACCGCAUAGAGACGUGGACGCUCUCGGGCCUGCACGAGACGAACAAGCUGGGCUCGCAGUUCCCGAUCGGAAAGGAGGAGCAGAUCAAGGCCUGGCAGCAGAGCGACCUGAGGGCAUUCCACCAGAAGUGGUACUACCCUGGGAACGCAACGCUGUAUGUCGUGGGGGACAUCAAGGAAGACGACAUGCUCAAAGGCAUCAAGCAGGUGUUCUCCGCCACGCCUGCUCAGCACGACCCCACCGUGGCCGUGACCGAACCCAUCUGGGGCGAGGCUUCGUCGGACGCCCGCUCCCUGUUCCGGCGUCGGAUCGUUAGGGAGCGGCCGCAGCAGCUGCACAAUUUCUCCGUCCCGAUGAUAGGCACGGACGACGUGUACACCGAUGCCGCCGCCUUCGACGUGGCGAAGGGCGAGCUUCCCUGGCACGGCCCGAUGCUGAUCUUCCGCAACGAGCUCAUGGAGGGCAUCCAGGUGAACUUUUACGCCAAGGCGCCGGUGCGGCCGCUCCGGACGCUGGAAGACAUUCGCCACCUCCUCGCGGUGCGCAUCAUUAUUGGCGUGCUGCAGUUCCGGAUCGUGUCCCGCUUCAAUUCCAACCACGCCCCCGUGCAGAUAGACCACUCCGACUCCUUCCGCGAGGGCUGCGCCGUGACCUCCAUCACCGUCAACGCGGACCCCCGCGACUGGCGCAACGCUCUCUCCUGCGUGGUGCAGGAGGUUAGGGCCAUCUGCGACUACGGCAUUACCGACGGGGAGUUGAAGCGCUACAUGGAGGCGAUGCUGAAGGACGUCGCGAAGAGCGCGAUCGAGAAUGACACCGUGCCGUCGGAGGACCACUUGAACUUCAUCAUGACCAGCGACGUCUUCGACCACGUGGUGAUGCACCCCGAGCAGUCGUACGACGCCUUCAAGCAGGUUGCCCCCACCGUCGGCAUGGAGCAGGUCCACGAGGCCGCCAAGUGGAUGCUCGGUUUCCUCGGCUACUACGGCCAGGCCGCGGCUCCGCCUCCGACGGCCAUCGUGGUGUGCACGCCCACGAGGCUCUUCGAGGAACACACGCAGUCCUGGUCUCCGUUCGACAUCACGGAGGAGGAGAUCUUGGACCUGCUCCUCACGGUCCCCGACAAGUCCAGGGAGGAGGCGCUCAACGUCGUGGAGGUACCAGACAGCCUGCUGAAGGAGCAGCUCGAGAAGCUGCUCGGCUCGCAGCCUGUGGACGCGGCCACCGCCUGGCGGGCGCAGAGCCGGAAGGUGGACGAGGCGACUGGCAUCGUGCAGCUGAUGCUGCCCAACGGCGCCAGGGUCAACUACGCCUGCACCACCAAUGAGUCGACGGGGAUGAUGCGCAUGUACGCCCCGGGCGGCAGGAGCACCGACAGCCUCGAGGAUCCUGGGGCCGCGAUGGUCGGCAUCCGCACCAUUUCGGAGUCGGGGGCUGUCAGCACCUUCUCGCGCGAGCAGAUCGAGCUUUUCGCGGUGACCAACCUGAUGAGCGUCCACCUGGACCUGAAUCUCGAGUUCGCCCACGUGGACGCAACCUUCUCCAUGAACGACAACGGCUUGGUGGCGGUGCUGGAGCUGCUGCAUCUGCUGUUUCAGGAGCCCCGCUGGGAGCUUCCGGCCUUCGUGCGCGCGCAGCAGGCAUACAAGGCGCAGAGCUACGCCUCGGCAAAGUCUCUGGAGCAGAGCACGCUCAACAGGCUGAUGUCGACGAUGUACUCGGACCCGCGGGUGGUAGAGCCCAGGGUCGAGGACUUGAACAAGCUCACGAUGGCCAAGGUGAAGCAGGCCGUGCGCGGGCAGCUGCGGCCGCAGGACCUCGAGAUCAACCUGGUUGCAGACUUCGAGGGCAGGAAGCAGCACGCGGAGAGGGCCACGGCGGGGAAUGCCAUGAGCACCGACAGCCACCACGAG